AUGAAUCUAGAUUCUCCUAGGGUGGAAGAGAAUCAACAACAAGGUGGUAGUUCUCUACCUCCAAGCCUGCAAGAGAGUACGGAUGCUGUAAAGUCAUCAUCGACGAGUACCAAAGUUGUCCCUUCAUCUACCAAUACCGUCAAAAAGGAAGGAAAGAAAUGGGAUAAGAAUGGAUUUGGAUUUCCUAAAUUACCUCUUGGAAUUAAAUAUAAGGAAAUUAUUAUAUUCCUGUGUUGGAUUGCUGCUAUUGGUUUCACAAUAUGGUUUAUUUAUGAUGUGGUGAAUCAUUACCUUCAUGCCUUACACAAUCCAAUAACUGCACUCUCUCUAGUAGAACACAUUCCGAUGGCUUUUCCUGCCAUUACUGUUUGUAAUUAUAAUGCCUUAAAACACUGCGAUACUUGUGGCCUCACUUUGGAACAUGCAACUAGAGUAUUAGACAAUGGAUCCAUUGUUGAUUAUGAGACUCAUUAUGAAUCAACUGUGAUUGGUGAUUUCCAUUGCAUUGUCAUUAAUAAUGAUACUCAUCAUCCAAUUCCAGAAGCUACUCUAACUGGAUAUGGAGCUUCCUAUUCUCUCUUUUUUAAAGUGCCAAAGAUGCCUUCCAACACUUACUCUAGGUAUGGAUUACAAAUAUCCUUUCACAAACAGGGCACAGUUCCUGAUGUUCUUUCGGAGACUAAUUUUGCCAUGGCAGGAGUGGACAAUUUCUUCAUCCUUACCAAGUAUCACACCAAAUAUUUAGAUACUCAUGAAUCAAGCAGUUCAAGUGAAAGUGGAUCAGCAACAACUACGCACUCAAUUCGAUCAGCAGAAUCGUCAGGGGGAGAUAGUUCAAGCAGUAGUAGUACAUCAAAAGGUGAAGAAAUGAGAUGGAAAGCAUCCAUGGCCUCGAUUGGAUUGACUGAACAAGAGGAAGAUAUCAUUGUUGUCUCAUUUGCUUAUGCAACUCUGAACCAAUACGAAAUUGAAGAAAUGUCAUCAACAAAUAUAGAAACAGUAUUGGGUGAAAUUGGAGCAAUUAUUGGUGUGUUGGCUGGAUUGGAUGUAAUGAAGAUUAUUAGAGGUUUCAUUGAAAUUCCAUUUGCAAUUCCUUACAAAUCAUUGAGACCAAUUUGGGAGGUUUUCAAUUAA